UCUUUGGUUUAGUUCUGAGACUGCUACUUGGGAGCAUGUGGUGUUUGCUGUUGAUCUUUCUGCCUCUGCUGGAGUCGGGCCUCAGUCAGCCCCUGUCGAUACUCUUCUCCACUGGCUUUGGCAGAAGUUUGGAACUCAAUCCGGACACCGAAGACUUUCUCCUCAUUGCGGAUCCCGCCAAGGGCUACUCCGCGAACGAUUUCUUUGGGGAUGUGCAGAAGUUCUUCAUUGGCGUCCAUCAGUUUGUCCAGCAUCCCUCGUCCUCGCUGAACAGUGCGCUCAAUCAGCUGCAGAGCAAUGCCAAGAAGAACCACAACAAGAAGCAAAAGCCCGCCAUAUUCGGCGGCCAGAAAGUGGUGCUCGAUCCCUUUGGCAGUUUUUUCUUCAGUCUGGGACUGUCCGGCAACUUCCAGCUCACAAACAGCAUUGGCUUCACGCGUGGCUACGCUCGCUGGCAGCUGGCAGACACGCAAAACUAUAAAUAA